UGGGACCUUCCUGUUGGCACAGAGACACACAUACACGACUCGGGUGUGAGUGAGAGUGUGCCUAUUGCUUCCAGCAGCUGGGGGUGGAGAAAGGGGCCGGGCCCCCGAGAUCACAUCCCCCUCCUCCUCCUCCAAGAAGAAGAAGAAGAAGAAGAAGAAAGCGGGCAGGAGGAGCAGCAUUCGGGCAACUGGCUUCUCACAGCAUCCCCCAGGAGGGCGUUGGUUACCAAUCUACACAUGAACCUGUCCCCUUAUCCCAUGACUGCUAAGUUUACUCAAGAGCCUUUGGUGAGGAGCUUUGUCAAAAGCUUUUUGGAAGUCCAAGUAUACUAUGUCAACCGGAUCACCUUUAUCCACAUGCCUAUUGACACUCUCAAAGAACGCAAAAAGGGGUGGAGGGCUGUAAUGGAGGAGUGGGGAGUCCUGGAGGAAUGGCAGAAAGAACUCUGCAGGGAUGUCAUGCAGGAGAAUUACGGGGACACACUCUCGCUGGGGCCAGAGAAAGUACCUCUGUUGAUCUACUAGGCCGGGUUUACACAUGCAGCAGAAUGAGGUGGUAGAGUCCUGAGGUGGUAGGAUGAACUGUACCACUUCCUGUUACAAGUAGGUUCCAUGGUAUUCAAAGGGACGUACUCCCAAGUAAGCAUGCACAGGAUUGUGGCCGUAGCUGUUGCAUGACACUGACGUAUCUUUUCACUGAUUCCCCAUAGUUAAGCCCAGCAUGAUCUCUUGGAUGGAGCAAAGGGAAGAGCCGAGAGACUCAAACCGGGACCUGGACCAAGGACCAGAGGAAAGGGGAAGCCCAAGAGAUGCCCACACAGAUGAUGAAACAACCAGCGAGAAUGAAGAAUGGGAAGAGGAAGAGGAGGAGGAAAUCCCCACUGUGCCUGACCGCCCUCAUCCAGAGGAUGCCCCUGUGGUCGCUCCGCCAGUCCUGGACUGGAAGGAGGCCCUGCAGGGUAGCGGUGGCAGUGAUGGCGUCACCACUGUCAAGGCUAGAGGGGGAAGGCCUACCCGAGGCAGGCGACCCUGGGGCAGCCGUCACUGUCGCCUUGGUUACCGCCGUGUGGGAGCCGCACCCCCACGAUUCUUUGAUUGCCCUGACUGUGGGAAGCGGUUCACACUGAGCUCACAUCUGAUCCGGCACCAACGGGUGCACACUGGGGAGAGACCAUUCGGGUGCCGGUCAUGUACCAAGAGCUUCUCCCAGCGGUCAGACUUGGUACGCCACGAACGCACACACACAGGUGUCAAGCUCUACCGCUGUACCCAAUGCGACAAAUCCUUCUCGGAAAGUUCCCACCUCAUCCGCCACCAGAUCAUCCACUCGGGCGAGAAACCUUUCAAGUGCAACGUUUGUGGCAAAUGCUACGGUGACAGCUCCUACCUCACGGUGCACCAGCGGGCCCACACGGGUGCCCGCCCUUACCGUUGUGCCCGCUGUGGCAAGAGCUUUGGCCGGUCCUCCACCCUCAUUCGGCACCAGCGUGUACAUGGUGACCCUGCGCCUGCCCCCGGGGACAAGCCACGCCCACGAGGCAUCUGGACAGCAUUUGCCCGCCUGCCGAGCGACAGAGAUGGGGACUCUGAACAGAUUCUGUCCCCUCAGAGAUCAUCAACGUCCCCUGGGCCAUCCCUCAUGUCCUCCAUGUUGCCACUGCCGUCUCCGUCUCACAUUGACCCACGUUCCAUGAAGAUUAUGGGGUGGCAGUGGGGGGUAGAAUGAAGGGGCAGAUGCUUGGUCAAGUGGAGGGGCAGCAAUGUUGGCAGCAACCACUUGCUGGGAAGGAAUUGGCUAGCACAUGGGAUGGAGCAAUCUGGUUACCAGGAAGAGAAUGGCCCUUUGGAGGAAGAACAGACUGGUGAUUGGUUACUAGGGAGGGAACUAGUUUCCAAGGUGACCAAAGAACUCAUGGUUUUAUAAGUAAGAGGCUUAUUGAACACUAGGCAAGAGGUUGACUGGGAGCAAUUGAUUGUUAAGGGAAGGAAUGGAUAGGGAAUUGGUUGCAGGGUAACACGAAUACUUUGCUUUACCAGAGGUAAUUCCACCUCAAGGAUGGAACGGCACAUGAGAAUGCUAUAGUAGGGCCAUGCCUUGGUUACCUGGGUAACAGCUGGCUUGGUUGGUUACUAUUGGCUGGUUGCUAAGGAGAGCGGGUGAACUGGUUGCCAGGGUGAUUCAGGGAGUGAUAAUGGGGCUUUUCAGGCAGCGACUGAAAUGGAUUGGUGGAGCAGUCCAAGUUAGUGAAGUUCUUUCCCUAGAGGAGAAGAAGGGAGUGGGAGAUUAAUUGCUUAAGGUUACUGGUUGCCAGGAAAAGGAUUGUUGGGUUGGCAUCCAGGUAACUAAGAUAUUGAAGGUUUUAGUAACUCUCUUUGGUUGCCCGCCAAGGAUAGUAAAAAUGCUUUGUAUCAUAAGUGACCAAUUUUGACGGUAUACAAUGGUGCUUGAAUUAAUGGUACAUGGAAGGGGAGGUGGUCAGCACAAUUCAGUGCAUGUUUACUCAGAAGUAAGUCCCGGUUUCUUCUGUGGGGUUUACUCUCAGCCAGGUAAGUGUGCAUCUAGGAUUAUAUGACAAAUAUUUAUAUACCGCUUUUCAACAUAAGUUCCCAACGCAGUUUACAUGAUAUAAAAAAUUAAAAUGGCUCCCCGUCCCCAAAGGGCUCACAAUCUAAAAAAGAAACACAAGAUAGACACCAGCAACAGCCAUUGGAGGGAUGCUGUACUGGGGAUGGAUAGGGUCAGUUGCUUUCCCCCUGCCCAAUCAAGAUAAUCACCACUUUAAAAAGGUGCCUCUUUGCUUAGUUAGCAGGGGAUUAUUGCCUAUGUGACUUCCUAUCCUCACUGUGGCUACCUCAGGGUAAACCAUGAGGAGUUUAAGCAGCUUGCUUAUUAAUACUGAGCCAAUGGUUGUGUGAGAAAUGUUGUCGAAGGGGCUGGCUGAUUUGGAAGGCAGCUGUUGCUAGGAGAGGCCAUGGAGGAAGAGUCACGUUGCACAGCCAUGUUUAGGCCCAGUCAGGGCUGUACCACUUUGGCCAGCAGGUGAUAAUGCACUUAAUUGAAUGUUCCUCCAUACAAAACAGUUCCAUCCACAUAGAAAACAGGAAGCCAUAGAGAAAUAGCAGGCCCAUUUUCUAUUUGGAGGGGACUUUUUUUUUUUUUUUUUUGGUAUGGAGGAAUUUUUUACUUAGUGAGUCCCCACCUGCAGCCCAAAGUGGUAUAGCCCAGAGACAGGUUUACCAUCUUAGUGAGUAUUAGGCCUUGGUCCGGAGAGUGGAGUUGCAGGGGCUUCUUUGUUGCUAGUGGAGAGGAGAUUAGUUUCACUGGGGGCAGUUGGUUGCUUGGGGAAGAAUUUUUUGGCUGGUUUUUUAUUUAUUUAUUAGAGCCAGCUGAUUCAAAAGGAGUGGUGAGGUGGGGAGUUUGUUCCUUGGGAAGGAAACAGUUUGCUGAGAGAUGGGCAUUUGGUUGCUAGGGAUGCUAAGAAUGGAAAAUGCCAGGGGCAGAUGGUUGCUAGGGUUAUUAUUUGGGUACUGCGGCAGUUGGUUGCUUGGAUGGGAGGGGAUUUGCAGCCUGGUUACUGAGGUGACGAUGAAAGAGUGAGGGGAUUGGUGGUGUUGCCUAUUUAGUUUUCCUACCCUAAGCUCAUUAUGGUGCCGCCAUCCUUUUGUGUUAGCCUACUGUUAGCAAAGUCAGAUUAUGAGAUCACCCGGCAUUGUGUGUGUGUGUGUGUGUGUGUGUGUGUGUGUCCCUGCCUCAACUUCACAAUGCCUAAACUAAUAUUAACCAAAUUUGGUACAGUUGUAGGGAUACAUAUGGACACCUCAUUGGCGUAGUUUGUGAUGAUGUCAUCCACCCUGAUUCAAGAUGGCGGAUGCACAAGUGUUUGAGGUGCAAGUGGGCUAACUUGUGGACCAUCUAACCCAUUUGAACCAAAUUUGGUACUGUUGUAGUGAGUGACACAUAGGGCAUAGUUUGUGAUGAUGACAUCCACCCCAUUCAAGAUGGUGGACGCAUGAAUGUUUGAGGCAUAACUUGGCUAACUUAUGAACUGCCUAAGUUAUUUGAAUCAAAUUUGCUACAGCUGUAGGGACACACAGGAAUGGCUGAAGGGCAUAGUUUGUAAUUGUGUCAUCCACCCUGAUUCAAGAUGACGGAUGCAUGAACAUUUGAGACGCAAGCGGGUCUAACUGAUUCAGACCAAAUUUGGUGUAGUUGGAGUAAGCGACAGAAAGGGACACCUCAACAGCAUUGUUUGUGAUGAUGUCAUCCACCCCAAUUCAAGAUGGCAGACACAUGAACAUUUGAGGCACAAGUGGGCUAAAUUGUGAGGAUGUUAAUUAUCAGUUAAGAUUAUAGUGAAAGGAAAAUAGGCAGAUUAGUUCUUACUAGAACAACUUGUUCAAUGUGAUUUUUCUGUCUGACACGCAAACAUACCCACCUCGGGGUGGUUGUUUCCUGUGGUUCUUCUAGACCUUCAGUCUUAGCCUCUGUUUUGCCUCCAACUUCCUGUUUGGGCUUGUGCCAGAGGAGGAGACUAGGACAUGAAAGACUACUCAGAAUCUGAAAGUGUAUGACCUGGGUAGAAGGGGUGGGGGGAAGAAUGUCCAAAAACGUGUAAUGGGGUUAGUUGAGCAAUCUGUCUUCAGUGAACUGUCUCAUGCUCGAUUGGGCUUUGACUCCUGGUAAGCAAGCAGUAGGCAUCCCCCAACCAAACAAGAUGUUUUGAAAGCAACCAAGACACAUUGCCUUGGUUGAGAACCCUCAAUCAAGUGGCAACCAACUUGCAGCAGAACAGGGGUGAGAAUAAUACAAAAAAUAUUCACUGGGGCUGGAACCCAAAUUGGCAUUAAGUUAACUUUCCUUUUCUUUUAUACCUGAUUCAGGCCUGGAGUUUAGUUUUUUGUUUUGUUUUGUUUUUAAUUUCUCAGUUCUCUAAGAAAACAAAUGUAUUUAUUGCCCCUUUAGUUCUUUGCCCUUCCCAUUGUCCCCUAUUUGUGUCUUAGAAUUGUGUAAUUUAGAUUCUAAGUCUAUUACAGGCAGGGACCUUUUUUAAACAAAUCAGUUAGGAUUCCAAGAGGAUGCGUGUGAAACAUGCAGAUGUGGACUCCGUGGUGCAAUGGAAAUACUGACUAUCAAAAAUAAAAUAAUUAUUGAUUUUUAAAAA